AUGGUGCACCAAAAAGUCCGCGACUAUUUCCACACGGAUUAUAAGCCUGGAGAACGCACGCUGAUACGCAAGAUUGACUUUUUCAUCUUGACGUUUUGCUGUCUCAGCUACUUCAUCAACUAUCUUGACCGCUCCAACCUAAACAAUGCAUACCUGUCGGGCAUGAAAGAGGACCUGGGCUUUGUUGGCAACCAGCUCAAUGUAAUCAAUACUUGCUUCACAGUUGGCUACGUUUUGGGCCAGGUCCCCUCAAAUCUCUCCCUCUACUAUGUCAAGCCACGCAUUUGGUUCCCCUUGAUGAUGCUCUGCUGGGGCGGCCUCACCAUGGUCACGGCAUCUGUCCACAAACCGCAAUCCAUCAUGGCCAUCCGUUUCUUCCAGGGAAUUUUCGAGGCAUCUACCUUUGUCGGCACGCAUUACAUCCUGGGUGCCUGGUACACGGAGCGCGAACUGGGCAAGCGCAGCGGCAUCUUCACUUCAUCUGGCCUGGCUGGCAGCAUGAUUGGCGGCUUCAUUCAAACGGGUAUUCACUCAAGCCUCAACGGCCGUGGCGGACUCGCAGGAUGGCGCUGGCUUUUUAUCAUCGACGGCCUUCUUACCAUUCCAGUCGCACUGUAUGGCUUCUUCUUCUUCCCAGACACGCCCAGCAACACGACCGCCUUUUAUCUCACAGACGAUGAGAAAAGCCUGGCCAUUGCCCGUGUACCCGUUGUUGAAGAGCAUUCGCCCAUUACUCUGCGCUUCCUUAAGAAGGUCCUACUGUCCUGGUACUGGUGGGGUUUCGUCAUGCUCUGGGUCAUUGCCGGAGAGACAGAGUCGUUUUCUUCAAACGGACUUCUUGGACUCUACUUGAAGAGCCACCCCACAACCAAAUACACAGUUUCUCAACUAAACAAUUACCCUACUGGAGUUCCUGCUGUUGGCAUUGUUUCGACUUUGUUCUGGGCCACACUGACAGACUUCCUCAAUGGUAAGAGAUACCUUGUAGGAUAUUUCAUUGGAAUCGUGGGAAUUUCUACAUCCAUCAUGAUUCUAGUGGCAUCACACAAUCCAACAAGCUCUCACUCUACUACGGUGACAAUGGUGGCCCUAUAUAUAUCCGGCAGUGUCUAUGCCUGUCAAGCAACCUUCUUCGCCUGGUGUAACGACUCCAUGAGAUACGAAGAACACGCGUUCCGAGCAGUCGUCCUUGCUGGCAUGAAUCUCGGGAAUAACGCAAUAAAUGCGUGGUGGAGUAUUAUUUUCUACGGAGCCUCCUAUGCGCCGUGGUUUAUUCGAGGAAUGUGGGCUAUGAUCGCUUGUUGUAUUGCCCUUGUGAUUUGGACGGCGCUUUUGGCUUAUACAGACCGACGCGAUAGAAAGAAGCGUGAACUUGACGAAAUUACUGGCAGAUUAAGCAUUACGAUUGAGAGUAAAGAGAAGGAGUAG